AUGUCUCAAUCAAAGUAUCUUUGUCGAAAUGAAAUUGAUCCAACAAAUAUUCCAAGAGAUAAAAAUGAUUUUAUUUGUUGGUCAUGUUCGAGUCGAAUAAAAUCAAUCAAGGAUGGAAUCAUGAAUGAAUUGGAAAUAAUUGGUGUAAACUCUGCUACUGCUGCAGUAUCAACACCAAUGUGUACAAUAAAUCCAACAUUCAAUAUCAAUCCAUCUUGCAAGCCAACAAUGACAAUCAAUCCAACAAUGUCAUUUAAUCCGACAACGACAAUUAAUCCAACAACGACGAUGAAUCCGAUAUUUAACAAUACAUCAAGUAUUCCACCUCAACAUGGUCAAGCAACACCACAACAUGUUAUUAUUGAUAUUGAUCCAAGCAUUUCUGAAAUAAUGACUAUUGGUGGUGUUCAUUCUAAAGCAAUUGUAUGGAGUCCACAUCAACAAGGUUUAUUAGUAAUUGGUAGUGGAAUAGCUGAUAGAUAUAUUCGAUUCCGGAAUACAUUAACUGCACAAAGUUUACAACGUUGUCCAGCAAAUGAACAUAAAUUUGUUAAAAAUGAUAAUGAACAAAUAACAGUUGCUGAUUAUUUUAAUGAUAAAUGGAAAAUUUGUUUACUUCAUCCACAAUUACCUGUUGUUGAAUUAUAUAAUCUAGCUGAUAAAAAUAAAACAUAUUUUUUACCAAUAGAAUUAAUUACUAAUGAUAAAUAA